AGGAAUUUCAGAUUGCUGGAAGAGCUUGAGAGAGGUGAAAAAGGAAUUGGGGAUGGAACUGUUAGUUACGGAAUGGAUGAUGCUGAUGAUAUAUUUAUGCAGUCAUGGACUGGAACUAUUAUUGGUCCCCCUAACACUGUGCACGAAGGGAGAAUCUACCAGUUGAAACUGUUCUGUGGAAAGGAUUACCCAGAUAAUCCACCAACAGUAAGGUUCCAAACGCGGAUAAACAUGACCUGUGUUAAUCAGGAAACUGGGAUGGUUGAACCAAGUCUAUUCCCCAUGCUUGCUAAUUGGCAAAGGGAAUACACAAUGGAGGACAUAUUGACACAAUUGAAGAAAGAGAUGAUGUCCCCACAAAACCGAAAGCUAGCUCAACCACCUGAAGGUAAUGAUGAGGGAAGGAUUGACCAAAAAGGGCUGGUGCUGAAAUGCAGUAUUAUGUAAGGUGCUGAGUGGCUUAUGCUGAUACUGUAUAUAAAUAUAUAACUGGAUAAAACCAGUUCACGAGCAAUUUAUGUGCCAAAAUGUCUUUAAAAUGUAAUUAAGGACAAUUUGCAUCCGGGUCCUUGAGCUGCUUGAGACAUGUCAUUCUCUAAAUCUCGACUACGUUGUUCAUCAAAAUUUAGUUGUUUAUUAAUGCUUGUAUCAGGAACCUUGAUUUGCCAAAUUUGAGACAUGUUCUAGAUGUUUAAUGGAAUGCUCUCUCUCUAUGUUGUAAGAUCAUAAGGCGAGAUCAGUUUCCGCAGAAUUUGGCGAUGACUCACAUUGAGGAAUCUGAAUAGGUAUGCUUGA